AUGGCAAUGCUCCCUCCCCGUCUCCCAACCCGCAAACCCCAACGCAAAGGCCAGAUCCCCUCCGAACCAGACGCAGCCAUCCGAUGGACAGACGACGUCGCGCUGCAAGACAGACUCACCGCCAACUUCUUCCUCGAUGACCCCUACGUCACCCAGCUCGCCGGUGGCGACACCGCCGCCGCCAGGAGGUUUGCACCCGGAGCGGAACGCAGCAUGCCCUCGCUGGAGAACUUCGACAAGAUGCGGGGCACGUACGUCCGCACCCGCGCGAUCGACCGACUCGUCGACAGGUGGCUGGACAACUGCGAACGCGCGGGGUGCAAGGCGCAGAUCGUGAGCCUAGGCGCGGGAAGCGAUACGCGGUUCUGGCGCUAUGGUACAGACGAGAGGUAUAAGGACUCGCUGGGCGCUUAUAUCGAGGUCGACUUUUCCGAGACGGUUACGAAGAAGGCGGAGAAAGUUGAGGGCCUGAAGGACCAGGAAUCAGCCACAUCUGUGUGGACAUCCGAUUCUGUCAGAAAAGGUCAAAAUGAUGUUCUCAGAUUUCAAGCAAAAGCAAGCGGGAGUGGCUCGUACUACCUCUUGGCGGCCGACAUGCGCAAGCCGGGGGAUCCUGAAGCGCGUUCCGAGAAUCCCAACGACCUCUUUUCCCAACUUCAUGCCAUACUGGACGUCACACUACCCACACUUCUCCUCUCAGAGUGCGUAUUCGUGUACAUGAAGCCAGAAGAAAGCGACGCCCUCCUCGCUUGGUUCGCGAACAAGCUCGGGUCUACCCCGCUAGGAGGAAUCGUGUAUGAAAUGUUCGGCCUGAGCAGCAGAGGAAUCGGUCAGACAAUGGCGAGAAGGCUAGCGGACGGCCAUGGCAUCGCUCUCCCAGGGGCAUACCCAGACGCACAUAGCCUGGCAGACCGAUUUACCACACACGGCUUCGGCAACGCCUACGCAUUGACGAUCGACGAAAUCAUCAAGUUUAAGUAUAUAGAUCUACCGGAGUCUAAGCUUCAGGCCAUUCCGUCAUUCCUCCGCAUGGGGAACGUUGACGAGGCCCCAGGGAUGCUCUUGGAGAAGUAUGCCGUGACAUGGGGCGUGAAGAGCGGUCAAGGCACAGCCCAAAGAGAUCUCUGGUCCAGGUGGGGUUAUGUUGAGGCGAUGAGUUCGGAAUGGAGCACAGGAGACAUUCACGGUGAGUAUCAGGAUAGCGGUGAGGGGAGCGAUGGAACUGUGACGGGGUCAGGUUGAGCAUAGUGAAAACCUCGACCUCUUACCAUAUACGUAGGCGCUGGUUGGACACGAGAAGAAAAGUAAUAUGGACAUUGUACAAUUCAUUGUAUCAUUAUGCCUCGCAUGUGGGUGUCGGCAAGCGGUUCGA